AGUCAUCUGCAGAAAGUUCAAGAAAUUUCGACGCGUAGUUAAACUGCGUAGUAUAUUUUUAAAACGCACUUGUCGAAUACCGAACGUGUGUGGAUUAUUUAUAACGAGGCUAUAGAAGAUAAAGGUGUUGGGUUAUCUUUGAGGAAUAUAUUCUGUACGGUUUGCAGCUACUGCGACAUAUUUCGAAAUUUAGCUAGAAUAGGGUCAAAUCGCAAUACAGUCAAUCGCUUUGCGAUAAUGAAACAUUUAGGUCACUUCCUACACUGAUGUUUCGAUGCUUGUGUCCUACAGGACACUAUGUUUUGAUAAAUCUUGAAAGCACUUACAUACAUAAAUUCCUGUACCUUCAGGGUACCUACAAACUGCAGCCUGCAGCAUCGUAGUAAUAAGUUUUAAAGUUAUAUAAAUAUAUACAGUAGACCACUGAUAAAUUUUGCGUGUAAGUGGUUAAUAGGUAAACUUGAAAACCUCAAAUCACGUUUUCAUGUUUAGUUUUGCUGUAUUAUAACUUUUUACGGUAUGUUUACGUCAUACAUAAUAUGCAAUAAAAUAUACGUCGGUCCAGCGCUAACUUUCUCUUUUGUGUAUAAUUAACCCUAUUAGCAUGAAAUUUAAAGGGUUUCGUAAGUUAUACGAAGAGUUGUUACGUAGGGCCGCUAGAAAUAGUGUUAGUUUAGGCGCCAUAUUUAAUUAUGCAAUGUUUCCCAAAGAAUACAUAAUAACAUACUGUAUUUUCUCUUUACUAAAGACACUGGUGAAUUUAAUCGCUUUCAUAUAAAAUUAAUACUUUUUUAGCCUAAAAAUAUAUAAAAGUAAUAAUGUACAAUCAGGUUAACUUAUUUGCUCAAAAUCUGUUGACAAACAUUUUGAGUUAUGGACUUUGGUCACGGUUUCUCCAUCUCAUCUCAUACAUAAAUAUCCAUGAUCAAUGUAAUCAUUUUACAGGUUUAUUACAAUUUGCUAAGCUAUCAGUAAUCCCUAGAAGCGACCCCACUCGCUUGCGCUGCGAGUAACCUUAACCGGUUAUUAAAAAAUAGUAUUAAGGGAGCAAUCCCGGUGUAUACUACUGGGUCUGGGAUCUGACCGGAGCGUGUACACUUUAUUUGUCUUUUACCUUCCGAGGGCUCACAAACCCUUGCAAGGUUCAGCACUAAUAUAAUCUCUUUGCGAGAAGGCCUACAAACAGUGCUCAACCACUGUCUGUACUCCGUACCUGGUUCAACGGUAGCUGGGCAAUUGUUUUUCAACAAAACAUUGCAUCCGGUAGCCUGACUUCCCCUACCCACUAUCCUAUCAUCCAAGUACACUUGCGCGGUAGCGUAACUCCAAUUACCACCUGUGACCAGGUACUGAGGCCUCCGCGCCCGGUCUUGCGGUCUAGCUGAGAGCGGGAGACGAGGGAGAAUCGAGUCGGCGCCCAUAAACGGUAUUUGCUGUUACGCCGCCGGUUUUUUCAUCAAGGACCCAACCCCCUCGCACCACAAUGCUGCGCGCGGGCCCUCACCCGGAUGAGCCGUCCACGUCGGCAGGCGCCGCCACCAAGGAUUACCAACAGCUGUACGCGACCCUGGCCGAGUAUUUACAGCUGGAGCCCAAGUUCCAGCCGCACUUGUGCUUGGCUGAGGAGAAUGAGCAAGGAGAAGUGUCGAAGGGAGCUCGCGACGGCGCGGCGCACGUGCUGCGCUGCCUCAAGGUGUGGUUCGACCUGCCGGCCGACGUCCUCAUACACGCCAUCAACUUGUUCGACAGGUUCCUGACCAAGAUGAAGGUGCGUUCGUGUCACGUGCCGUGCAUCACCGUGUCCUGCAUGAACAUAGCGCUGGACCACCGCGCCGAGCGCACCAAGCAGCCGCGCACCGUCACACUGGACGAGCUGGUAUCAAUAUCCCAAUCGGCGUGCACUCCGGGCGACGUGAAACGCAUGUCGUCCAUCAUAGUGGACAAGCUGUCGUGCGUGUGGGCCGGCUCGCUCACCGCGCUGCACUGGACGCGGCUGUUCUGCUCGCUGCUGGACUGCGGCCAAGAGGAGCUGGAGAACCUGGUGGAGAUCGCGAUGUGCAACUACGCGUGCGCCAACACGCGCAUGAGCGAGCUCGCGCUCGUGCUCAUCUACGACAAGCUCGAGAGGGAACUGCUAGAGCUGUCCCGGCUCGCGUCCACCGACCCCAACGCGCCGAGCCCCGACCAAGCCUACAGGAUGCUCGAGGCUGCCGCUGAACUGCAGGCUGCUUGUCAUAUGACAGACGCAUCUCUACUAGCGACGCUCCGUUUGGUUCGCUCGGUGCGCGCGCGGUACGAGGCGCGGUGCGCGCAGCCGGCGCGCCAGCCACUCGUGUGGCGCCUCAGCGAGCGCACGCUCAAGGUGCUGCGUCCCACGGACCGGCUCACCUCUCUUCUGCCGACCAUCGAGGAGCAGCAGCACAACAUGUCGGUCGACGCCACGCCGCCGAGGAAAAACAGAUCUGGCAGCGAAAGCAGUGAAAGCGAGACUUGCGAUUGGCCGCGCAGCCCAGUAUUACCUGUAUAUUGCGAUAACUAAGUCACCAUCACCACCUCAGAAACAUCUAGAAAAUCCGACCAGAAGCAACGAAACAUAAGACAACCACAGAUGGAGCCACUGAGCUGAACAGCGCGCCCGUGAUUGGCCGGUUUUACCCGCCAUUUUGUUUAGCAGUUUUCCGAUUGGCUAACGAUAGUGCUGCCAAAGUUUCGCCAGUUUUCCGCACUAUUAGGUGACGUUUGAGAUCCCACUUUUGAAAAUUCAAAAUUCCGUGAUCCACUCUUCUAGUAGGAUAAUCUUAAUAGUGGCUCACUUUUGUGCCAGAUGUAGCUAUAGUUAGCCAAAUUUUAUCCAGAAUGGAGGUAACAAUGUUAGCUUUGACUUAACGAAUGUGAUGUAUCGGUUCGUUGCUAUAUCAUCACUUACUGUUAUAAAUAACUUGGCUUAUGUUGUGCAAUCGGUCGGUUUUCAUAUCGCCACCCCAUCAAAACGUUGUAGUUCUCAGAACAAGAAUUUAAAAGUAUAUCAGAAGUAGAAAAAUAUUUUUUAUUUAAAAAAGUCUUUAAUACUUGAGUCUUUUUUUACAAAGAAAUAGUCAUAUCUUUUUAUAUUUUACAUACUUGAACAUUUGUAUUGUUUUAGAUGUUUUGAGAAAAUAUAUCUUUGUGAUUCCGUGUUCUGAGAACAAACCGUAUCAAAACAUCAUUUAUUUAUGAAAAAAAAGAACAUAGGUGCCAGUGUCGAGCGGGAUUUUUUAAUAUUUACAUUUAAUUAAAUAAUUAGGUUAAUUUUUGUAAUUAUUACUUAUAGUUCAGAAGAGAAAAAAGCAGACAGUGCAAUUCUACAUUCAAAACUUUAAAAAGAUACAAUUGGAAUAGGUAAUUUAAAUUCGAAUAAUUGACGGAGUAGGAAAAGUAUUUGAGUAUUAUUAUAAUUGAGUUUUAAGUUUGAGCAUCUGCGUUUAGGGCACGGCUUUUUGGAAAAGCCAGCGUUUUUUUAUUAUCUUGUAAGCUUUUAUUAUUGUAAACUUAUCUAUCAUAAGAAAUACAGGGUGAUAAUAAACCAAUUGGCAAAAAUUCACGCGGUUUUACUGAAUUGUGUGUGUGAAAUAGUAAAAUGGUAACGCUCCCAUUUUUUGAAAGGACCAGAAUGGUAUUAGAUGGUAGUUAGCUACUUGGUUUGACAUCACCCUGUAUAAUUACUUAAUUAUAUAACUGCAUUCAAAAGACGUGCCCUAAGGAUAGAAAUCCAUAGCUUUCUUACUGUGAUGAUUUUUAUAAGAGAAAAGAGUAAAAAAAUAUUCCAUAUUUAGUAGUGGUUAAAAUCUUCUCCUGUAUAUAAAUAUACAUGGUGUGUUUUAAUUCGAGUCACGAUGAAUGAAUGAAGUUGAUAUAAAUCCACCGAUUUAAAAAAAAGUACAUCUUUAACUUAUUUAGUAUGUAUCAAUUAAUAUAUUUUAUGAUAAUUAUUGUAGCGACUAACUCCUAGAUUUGAGUUUUAAAAUGUAUUUUCCUUAUUUUUGGCAUUCUAUACUUUAUAAAUAAUAUAUAUUAUAUUUAUUAUGUAUAAUUUGUUAGUGCUAAACGAUUAAUAAUUUUGAUACUUACUUCCUUAUAUCUAGUGUAUAAAGCAAGAAAUUACAAAAAAAAUACAAUACAAAUUUAAUGAAAAAAAAACAAAAAAAUGAUCUCAGGUAAAUAUUUUUUCUUAUUUUUUUGAUGUUAGCGCCGUUUGUAACAAGGCGUGAUCAAAAAAAGGAAAUACAAAAAUAUCUUUAAAAAAAACGUUAAGUGAUGUAUGUGCUUUUACAAAUGUUUUUUUGUGUGCGGUAUCUGUUUGAAUGACUUUAAUUAAGAAUUAAGGUGCCGUUUGGCAGCGGUCUACUUAUGUCGUCUGUUACCAAUUGGCACCUUUAGUGAGCUCGAAAAAGCACAUACAAUGCUUAACUAGCUUACUGAAAAACUUAUUCUAAGGUUUUAUUGAAUUUAAGUCUUAUAAAGUCAUGUGUGCAUGUAAGUGAAAAAUGGUGUUUGUUAAAAAAAUGCAAUAUCCCAAUAUUCAGUGUAUUUCUAACAAUUUUUUAAACGUUAAAUAUUUGUUAAAAUCAUGACGAUUAUCAUCACACUACGUAUUCUUGACAGCAUUUAGACGUACUCAUCACAUCCAAUAAAAUAUUUCUGAUGAUAAAAUAUGGUCAAUUCCGUACCAAUAUGUAAUUUUAAAACACCAUGUAUAGUGAAACCAACUUAUCCGGUAGCUGACGUAAACUUGUGCAUUUUCGCCAUUUUUAGGAGAAUUUAUAGUAAUAAUUUGCGUAUAGUAGGCCAAAUAAGUUGAUUUCACUAUAAAAAGCAUUUAAAAAUGGAACCCUGUAUAGAUGUGAAAUGCCUGCCAGUAUGUUUCAAAUUUUGAUUAAAUACUUUUUAUGUGUAAUUUUAAAAAUAAACUAACUUUGGGACAUGCUGUCUGGCAGUAUUUGUGUAGUUUCUAGUUGUAAAAAAAAAGAAACAAAAAGAAAAAUCAGAAACCUCGAAUUUAAGAGAAUAAACACAAUGUGGGACUCUA